AUGCAAAGAGAGUUGGCAGACAGUGGAGACAAUAUCUGUACAAAAGAAGGAAAAAGCCAUGGCUCAAGUCACCUUUGCCUUCAUCGGACAGGUCCGAUAAAAUGCAUUCAUCCAUGUACGGAAAAAUCUCUGUACAAAAAGAGUGGACUCUUUGCCUUCUUCAUGAUCGUCGACUUGUCGGACGUGCUCGGCUACACCACCGGAGCCGCUGGCAGCCUCCAUUGCUGCCUCCCAUUCGCGGCGGCAACAGACGCGUGCAAAGAGAGCUGCACGCACAUCAAAACGUGCUUCAUUUUGCACGUCGGGCUCGUUGGGCUGGUCGUGGGCUCCGUGGCGGGCAUCGUCGGGGAGGAGACGCUCGACUCGUUUGACCUCGACUACGUCUGUGAGACGGGCGUGCCCCGUCAUCGUGAUCGCGGCCCGGAGCACGUUGCGGCAGAUGUGGGUGCUGUAAAUAGUGACAGAGUCACGGUACAUGGGGAGCGUGGCAAAAUCGUUGGAUAUGCACCUGGCGGACUGUUGGCUAGUCCGUAUCAUCUUGCCAGAAUAUGGGCUUGCCUUGAUGUGAACAGAGAUGGGGAAAUACAAUCCCUUUUGGGCCGCGGUUUCUUCCUUUCAUCAAUGGAGAGUAAGAGAAAAGAAACAAAAACAAGGAAGGAGUGGUGUCACUGCCAAAAAAGAAAAGGGCCCAAUUCCCCAAUCUCCUUUGUGGCUGAGUCCAAAACUGGGUCCCAAUUUGGGCCCAGUAAAGUUGAGUACAUCACCUUCCUCGCAUUUACAUCUUAUCUACAUACACUGAAGAGAAAGCGGAAGGUGGGCCCAAAACCCAUCGCCGUUCAUUCGCGGCACCUUACGGCGCCCGCCACGUUACAGGCCCAAACAAUAUUUAAGGGCCUUAUAUGGGCCCACGGGCCGUGGUGUAGGCUUCUGCAUGGUUGUAUGCCAUGUUCGACAGAGACUUGCUUUUCUAUGAAGGACACGUGUGCGACAGCCACUGAUACGUGGACACGUGGUCGAGAUCCGGCAGCUGUAGCUGCAUAUCCUAGAUUUUUAUCU